CGGCACGCCAUCUUUUUUUCGCCACAAACAUUUUUUCUCGCCCUGCCUUUGGGAGUGUUUGCUGCGCAAAAAAGCGAGAAAAUCCGAUUGAAGCCAGCAGGAAGGCCCUGAAAAAGCAGAGCAGAGCCCGCCGAGCGAGUGGACACGCACCAAGCGACCAGCAGGAGCACUCAGCGCCGCACACACACGGAACACAGAGCCAGCGCAAUGCCACGCUACCGGGAAUGGGACCUGGCCUGCAAGGUGUACGUGGGCAACCUGGGCUCCUCGGCCUCCAAGUACGAGAUCGAGAACGCGUUCAGCAAGUACGGACCCUUGCGCAACGUCUGGGUGGCCCGCAAUCCGCCCGGCUUCGCCUUCGUCGAGUUCGAGGAUCGCCGCGACGCCGAGGACGCGACCCGCGGCCUGGACGGCACCCGCUGCUGCGGCACCCGCAUCCGCGUCGAGAUGUCCUCCGGGCGAUCGCGCGAGGGUCGCGGCGGCGGUGGCGGCGGCGGCACCCGUGCUGGCGAGGGGCGUGGCGGCGGCGGAGGCGGCUCCGGCGGCGGUACACGGGCUGGCGAUGGCGGCGGUCGCUAUAGGAUAAAGUCUUCUUCUUCUACUACAACAAGCACAACAAGAACUACUACAACAACAACAUCAAUAAGAAUAAUAAUAAUAAUUAAAAGAACAACAAAGAAAAGAACAGCAACAGCUACUACUACUAGAACUUCUACUACUACUCCUCUUCCUUCAACAAGAACAACAACAACAACCAAAAGAACAACAACAGCUACUACAAGAACAACAACAACUAGUACUACAGCAGAUCCUGCUCCUCCUAUUACACACAUUUCACCACCAACAACAACAGCCACCACCACACCACCAUGCAAUAAUUUGUUGUGCGGCCCUAGUCAGAAAUUCAACAAAUUCGAUAUAUUCCGCUGACCACAGAACCGAGAACCAGUACGAAUAACCGAACGACUGCAACACUACACCCCCUCCACCACCUGUUCAGCUCGACCCAGGCCACAGAAUAGACAAAAAGCAUCAUCAGCAACGUCUCCGGCUCCGCAGCUAUAAGAAUAAUGCACCCAAAACCAGCCCAAGCGCACACCCACAGCCACCUAACAACAUCGCACUGGUCGGGGGGCAAACGAUCAUUUCAUAUUGCAUUUAUUAAUAACCCAGUGAGGCGGGACACUUUAUGGUCUCUUUUCGAAUGAAUAGAAAGCUCGCAUAAUUUCAUUGUAUAUUAUUAUAACUUGCAAAAAAAAGUCUGGUUCGGUUAAAAAAAUGAUCGCUUGCCCCUUGGGGCCAACAACUUCACAUCAUUUCUAGUCUGUUAGUUGACAGCAUCUUCAGACUACACCACACCACACACACACUCUGCCAUUAACCACACUAAUCACCAAGAACCACAGCGAACCGGGCGGCAUCGGCGGCAACAGAGCAACUCCAUCAAGAAUCUAACUCCAAUAUGCAUCUAUGCAUAUAUAUAUAUUUACACACUCACCAGUCUAGCAACGCUUCAAAAGUCAACUUCCUACGCCUCCACGUUGUGCGGUUGUCUUCAGCCUGCUUCCUUCGUCCCCAACAAACCAACCAACCACCCACCACCUCAUCAUCCGUCAUCUUUAGUGCAGCUACAGCAUCAGCAACAAGCUACAGCUACAAAGACCAACUGCAACAACAGCUUCUACUACUUCUACUACGACAACUGGCAGCCAGUCGGCAAAAGUAUCCGUAUGGAUCUUUUGUUGGCUCCACCACUCAGUAGUUGCACCUUUCCCUUGCAAUCAAACAAGAUUGAGGCUGCUUCACGCUAAUUCCUUCAAUCGCAGCAAGUAUGAAACCUUUGGCAGCCACCGACAACACUCCCCCUCGAACCGAAACGAGAAACGUAACGUCUCUAACAAAGCCCGUUUGUUAUAAUUCUAUUUAUGGUUUCUGCUAAUGUGUUUUUUUAAUCUUUCGUUCUUGUACUCUAACCAUCUACUGAGACCAUGUUGUUCGCGCUAACUGUCUGCUUUCUGUGUAUAUAUACCGUGUAGCUUGAGUUCGCCUUGAGUUCUCGAACUCAAUGUCAGACUGUUAAGCAACCAAACGACCCCACCACCAAUCGAUCAGUCGACCAAGCACCAGCAGCAUCAGAAGGGCAGGGUCUUCUUCAAGCUCGCCGCUCCACAUCGCGCGGAUGGUAGGAGCAGCACGGCCACCACCACCAAACCACAACCACCACCUGAUCCUCUCUUGCUGCUAACUGAUGCUUCCCCACCAACUGCUUCUUCAUACGACCUACGUUCUUCGGCUGCUGCAACAGAAUAGAAUGAUUCACCAAUAUAUAUUAUCCACCAACAACACACACCAAAAAAAAAAAAAAAAAAAACUGAAAACACAACACAGCCACCCUAGUCACAGUCAAUCAACUCAGAAUCGUAUCGUAUCAACAGCCCAAACUACAACAAUUCAACAACAAGAACCUACUACUACUACUACAAUUCAACAACAACUACAACAGUCUCCUCAGUCUGCUCUGCUCAUCAACCAACUAAGCAACCUACCAACAAACCAAUCAGCCAACCAAUCCAACCAACCACCACCAAUUACUUUAUGUAAAUGUCACACCAACGCUUUCGUAAAAAUGGGGCCAAAAAAAUAAGAAAAGAAACCAAAAAUAUAUCAGCUAUAUCUCCACCACCUUCAAGCACCUUCAGCCACCAAAAAAAAAAAAAACAAAACCAAAA